UCAAUAGUAUGGUAUUUUGUACCGAUUGAGAAACACGUUUUUUUUUUAAUAAGUAAUUUGUGUUUUUUUGUGAAGUAAAAUGGAACGGAAACAUGGUGCUUAUACAAUGAUACCUUUUACAGAGGAGGAGCAUGCUAAAUAUAAAAAAGUAUAUAGUGAUGAAAGACAAUUCGUGAGAAUAGGACCUUCAGGGUAUGUCCUGCCGACUGGCUGGCUGGCGCACUCUGAGGACGUGAGGACAAUGCCACUGCGACCUGAUGAUGUCUUCGUCGCUUCCUACCCGCGAUCAGGUACAACUUGGACACAAGAGCUCGUGUGGUUAAUUGCAAAUGACAUGAACUUUGAAAAGGCGAAGUCUAUCCCUCUCACUGACAGAUAUCCGUUUUUGGAAGAAUUCAUAUUUUUACCAUCUCUUCGAUGGCUUAUUGGAAAUGACCUGGAGAAAUUAAAAAAUAUUGAAGAAACAAUGAGACCUGCGCCAGAGGUAUUGGCCUCGACCCCCUCCCCCCGCUUCAUCAAGAGCCACCUCCCCAUGUCCCUGCUCCCUGAGGGCACCCUGGACACUGCCAGAGUGGUCUACGUGGCCAGAGACCCCAGAGACGUAGCCGUCUCCUGCUAUCACUUCUACAAGUCUCUCAAAAAGUACGCAAUGAGGGCUACUUUCAAGGAAUUCCAUGAACUAUUUAUAAAUGACUUAGAAACCUGGGCCCCAUUCUUCGAGCACGUGAAGGAAGCGUGGCACCAGAGGAAUCAUCCCAACAUGCUGUUUCUAUUCUAUGAGGAACUUUCCAAGGACCUAGGCUCGGCCGCGCGGAGAGUAGCCGACUUCCUAGGCAAGCAGUACACAGAUGAGCAGUACGCCAGACUGCUCGACCAUCUCAAGUUCGACAACUUCCAGAAGAAUACAGCUGUUAAUCUAAGUGAAUAUAAAAAACUUGGGAUAAUGGAAGAGUAUGGGAAUUUCAUUAGAAAAGGUAAGGCAGGCGGCUGGCGAGAUAACUACGACGAGGAGAUGAUACGACGUACUGAGCAGUGGAUGGCAGACAACCUGAGAGACAUGGACCUGCGUUUUCAGUGUAAUUGGGAAUUCAAUGUCGAAAAAUAAAAGUAUUGGGUACCUAUAUAAUUAUCUACCUGCUGACUGAAUCUCUCUUUUGAGUGACUUAGUCAAUCUUUUUAAUCAUGUGAUUUUCCUUAUAACGUUCGAAUGAAUCGUUGGAUUUUUCGUGUUAUUGUUUUUCUUUUUUAUUUUAAUUAUGUUCUCUUUUUUAUGUAUUGUUUGUUUUUUUUUUGUGAUGUGUAAUUUGGAUAAUAAUGACAGUUUAAAUAAUUUUAUUAUUAUUUCAUAAUUAAUUUACCUAUUGAUUGACAUUUAAAUUAUCAAUUUUAUUUUAUUUAACUAUUUGAAUGUUAUAAUUUAAAUAACUAUACAGGGUGUUAGUGACAUCGUAACGAAAACUAUGAGGGGUGAUUGAGGCCAUGAUUCUGAGACGAUAUCAAGUGGAAUUUUCCAUCGCAAAAGUAUGGAACUGAAAAUAAUUAAAAAAAAAACACAAAAAUGUUCAUGAAUAUUCAGACGAAAAAUUCCACCUGAUAUUAACUCAGAAUCAUGGUCUGAAUCAUCCCCCUGAGUAUUCGUUAAGAUGUCACUAACACCCUGUAUAAAAAUGUAGACCAAAUGUUAAAUGCUGACCAUCUGCAAACUGUAAUUCCAUUUUUAUUGCGAAUAAAUGAUUGAUAAAUGAUGAAUAAAUGAUAAACACAAUAUUUUAA